UGAAAGUCCCUUUAAGAUAGAGAGUGUGUGUGUAUGUGUGUGUGGGGCGUGCUUACGUCAAUAGAAGAUAAAGGACGUAAUGACAUUGUUGAAGAAGAAGAAGAAGAAAGAGAGAGAGAGAAGGGAGAGAGACACCAGCCUGCUUGUUUUCUCUAUCGAUGGAUGAGAAACAAUAACUGUGUUUGCCACUGAAAUCCAUGUAUGGAAGUUGGAAGUAAUCCGGUGGAGUUCACUUUGUUGCUGACCUGUAGAAGGAAACAGGUAUUUGUGUGUGGACGACCACGGUUCGGAUGCUUUUCGGGGUGAGGAAGUCACUACCGAGUAAACACUGAAGUGUCGUUUGGGUUCCAUCGUGGAACAUUUGGAUUUCGUAUGUACUCUCUCUAUGUUUUUCUACAUCUACAUCUUAUCUUCAGACAACGGUGGUUGUUGAAGAAGCCCUUGCUCAUGUUUCACCUUAUGGCUUGCGGAACUGAACUUUAAGAACCAUUCCGGAACUGGGAGUUUUGGACUUUGUCACACACACACACGACGAGUUUAGUUUUGGGGUUAACGUUCGAGGUUUAACAUUCUUGAAUUCUAACAUACUAACAUAUUUUUUUUAACUUUUAUUUUACGUAUUAUCAUAAGUAGUGAUUAAUAAAAUAGUUUUUAACACUGAAUCAUGCUCAGUGUGUUUCUUUUGUUGCUGGUUUGUGACAAAAUUGGGGGCUCGUCCGGGAUAGUUCCCAAGGUUAACGAGUGUCGUCUGGGAUUGUACCCCAGAUUGACGAGAUUUGUUCGAGAUUCAAUCCAAAGAUUUUUGAGGGAGGUCUGAUAAAUUCUUUUUAAUUGGCUUGUGUGUGUGGAAACCAGCAGCAAUGGAUAUUAAGGCAUUUUUGGAGUCACCAACCCAAAAGGGAUUGGAGGUGGCUACAGCCGGGGAAGACCGCAGCAGACGCACAUGAGUCUUAACAGAAAAAGAUUUCUACUGAGAUUACUUUCAUCUGCCUUGUGAAUACCUGCAGAAUAGUCAAACUGGCGAUGUCAAGGGUACCGAGUCCUCCACCUCCGGCUGAAAUGUCAAGUGGGCCUGUGGCAGAGAGCUGGUGCUAUACCCAGAUAAAAGUCGUGAAGUUCUCCUAUAUGUGGACGAUCAACAAUUUCAGUUUUUGCCGGGAGGAAAUGGGAGAAGUUAUCAAGAGCUCAACUUUCUCAUCUGGAGCAAAUGAUAAAUUGAAAUGGUGCCUCCGAGUGAACCCUAAGGGUUUAGAUGAGGAAAGUAAAGAUUACCUAUCACUCUACCUGCUGCUAGUCAGCUGUCCAAAAAGUGAAGUCAGAGCAAAAUUUAAAUUCUCCAUUCUGAACGCAAAAGGUGAAGAAACUAAGGCAAUGGAAAGCCAAAGGGCAUAUCGAUUUGUGCAAGGAAAAGACUGGGGUUUUAAGAAAUUUAUUCGAAGAGAUUUCCUUUUGGAUGAGGCUAAUGGACUCCUUCCUGAUGACAAGCUCACAUUGUUCUGUGAAGUUAGUGUGGUCCAGGAUUCGGUGAAUAUCUCAGGCCAGAACACCAUGAAUAUGGUGAAAGUUCCUGAAUGUCGGUUAGCAGACGAGCUUGGAGGAUUAUGGGAAAACUCUAGGUUUACAGACUGUUGCCUUUGUGUAGCAGGCCAAGAAUUUCAAGCACAUAAAGCAAUUCUCGCAGCUCGUUCCCCGGUCUUCAGUGCUAUGUUUGAACAUGAAAUGGAAGAAAGCAAAAAGAACCGAGUGGAAAUUAAUGACGUGGAGCCUGAAGUAUUUAAGGAGAUGAUGUGCUUUAUUUAUACGGGGAAGGCGCCAAAUCUUGACAAAAUGGCAGAUGAUUUGCUUGCAGCUGCUGAUAAGUAUGCUCUGGAACGCUUGAAGGUAAUGUGUGAGGAUGCUCUUUGCAGCAAUUUGUCUGUGGAAAAUGCGGCGGAAAUUUUAAUCCUGGCAGAUCUACACAGUGCAGAUCAACUCAAAACUCAAGCAGUAGACUUCAUAAACUACCAUGCAUCUGACGUAAUGGAAACAUCUGGUUGGAAGUCUAUGGUCUUGUCCCACCCUCAUCUGGUGGCUGAAGCUUACCGGUCACUAGCAUCAGCACAAUGCCCUUUCCUUGGUCCUCCCCGCAAGCGGCUUAAGCAGUCCUAAAGUGACAUUUGAAAAUGGAGCAAAUCAUUUUAACAGCACUGACCCGAUCACAAUGUUGCACAAUGCAAUGUAUGAAGCUUUCUGACGUGCUUCCUGCCGUGGGAAAGACCGUGCUUGGUGUGCUAAUGACCUUUCUGCACUAAGCACUUUGGGGAGAAAAACAAAACACAAAAACUUUUGCUGAUUGUCUUUCUCGAUGUUAAAUGGGAAACAUAUAUCUGUACUAAUCUGAUAGUCUGUAGUUGUGUAGCGUGAUAAUUAUUAACAUUACUAACUCUAUGCGCGGUUAAAAUUUUCUUGGGAAAAUUUUUUUUUUAGGUGGGAGGUGUU